AUGGCGUCCAAUAUGGCGGAAGGCUCAUCUGAGCUAAAUCAACUUUUUAGGGACAUAUCCUCGAAGUUUUCUCCAGCUGAAUCAGAGGAUGUCGUGAAGUCUUCAAAACGAAUUUAUGGAGAGCAAUUUAAAUCGCUGGGAAAUCAAGAUUUGUUGUCAUGUUUGGAUCGUUUGUGUAAGUUCGGUUAUGUCUCGAGUAAAAAACUGACUCUAAUCAAGGAGUUCAUUGCUACAAGAUCAAACAAUGAGCAUGACAUUAACAAAAGAGUUGAAGACUUUGAGACCUCCCGUCCAUCGCAGCCUGAGCCGGAAAAGGAAUUACACGGAAGAAUUGAGGAGUUCAAGGAGAUUACGGAAAAACUUAAAAUGAAGCCUUUUGUUGUUAAUUUGUGUGGAUCCGCUGGAGUGGGAAAGACAACUCUUGCCAAGAACAUUUGUGAUAAAUGGGCUGGGAAGAAAUAUGUCUUUGAUCUUAGAGAAGCUAACGACAUGACGGCUGUUUAUCUGAACAUCAUGAGCAGCCUUGAUUCAUGCAUCCCUGUUGGUCGUUUAGAUUAUAUGGGUGUUGUUGUUGAAAGAAUUCAUGACCUGUUGGAAAAGAAUAGUGAAGGUCAGCCUGUUCUUUUACUUCUUGACAACGUCGAGCAGUUCACUGAAGGAAAGGGGAAGGAGGGAAAGAACUUAAGAACACAGUUUGUGCGUUUUCUGGGAAGGAUUUUAGAAUCUAAAGACAAGACAGGUUCAGUAAACGUGCUUCUGACCUCAAGGAAUCAGUUGAAGGAUUCAGAGAAGUUCACUGACUACAAGUUGCAUCCACUUGAAGAUGCUUUUUCAGAGAAAAUCUUGCUGCCUGGAGAAACUUCUCAUGUUGAUGCGCAGGAAAGAAAGAAGCUUCUUGACAUCUGCAAAGGUGUUCCAUUACUCUUGAAAGGAAUAGCUGCAAUUUUGAAACAGGAAAGAAAAUCUUCCAGUGAGCUGAUUGAUGUGGUAGAAAUGGUCUCUCUCAAAAAAGCUGGAAUUCCUGUGAAAUCAAAAGGCGGAGAGGAUACAGAAGAAAAACCUUUCAAUUCAGAAGAGGAAGGCAUUGAUGAAGAACAGACAUCAGUGAUCAGAGAAAUGUUCCUUACCCUACCAUCCAAUACUUUGAGGGUUUCUGCUGUAUUAGUAUCCUUGUUCCAUGGACCCUUCACUGCUUCUACAGCAGCCAAAGUUCUUGAUGUGAGCGUAUCAGAAGCUGUAGCACAGCUUGAAGGACUGGCAAUCAAUGAAAUUAUCCAUAUAGCCAAUGAAGAUGCCAAGCAGUUGAUAUAUAACAUUCAUCCACUCUUAAGAAAGUAUGCUGAGAGUAUUAAGAAUGAUGUAAAAUUCUUUGAAUCUUACACUAAAGCAGAGAGGCGUUUUUAUGAGCACUUCAUGUCAAAGAUGGAGAAACUUGCAGGAUUUAUAGAGUCUGAUUAUGUCAGAGCAGUCAAUGAAUUUGCAAGAGAUCGCCCAAACUAUGAGCUUGCAAUUGAAAUCUCCUUGCAGCCACAAUACUUCAGUGUGCCAGGUGGAUACCAUGAAAAUGCACUGUUUGCAUGCCUUUUCAGUACCAUGUUGACAGGAGAAAAACAGACUGAGGUGUUUCACUCAUGGGCAGAGAUGUGCAGAGAUGAUGGAGGGUCAGGUAUGUUUUUCUUGGCAUUUUGUUAUUGAGGAGAUUGCUUCAUAUUUUCUUAGCAAGGUGUCUCAAAAUGGUUUGUAACAUUUAUUUCCAUGUGUAAAUACAGCACUUAAGUGAGUUACAAAGGUCCAUCUUUGAAGCAACUUCCUACAAUGUAGUUAUUGGUGAUAGGGCAAUGCUAUAAACCCAUGUAAAACAUCCUUAAUUUUCAGUGUAAAGUGGUUAAACAAAAAGAAGAAGUUUACAACUUCUAUUCCGUUUAAUUGGCAUGUGGAACUUUUCCAGUUCAUGAAGGGCUGCAGAAAUUUUAUGGGGCAAAUGCAGUUCCAAAGCCUUUUGACAAAAGGUAUUUGUCAAAGGUAUUUGUGUGUCAAUUUUCAAAGACCUUGAAAUGAUGGAAAAGAUAUUUCAUUUAGAGUCAUCGUAACUAUAAAAAACAGCUGUUCUAGCACAAGCCUGACUGACCAACAACUUUUACUUCAACUACCACAAUCCACUAUUACAUCUGCUGUCACUACCUCUACCAUAGUUACCACUGCCACUAACACUGCCUGCACUACCAACAACAACACCCAGGGGUUUCAAUAAGCACCGAUGGCUGAUGAAACACGUCGGCUACUUUGCUCAUAGAAGUCGGCUGCUAUUUUUCAGAAAGAAGAAGCAACUACUUUGAAUAACAUUGUAAACAAAAAAUAUAUCAUAAAAUCUGAAUGAAUACGUAAUUAUGACAUGCUUUCAUAAACGCCCACUGGUUUUACGUUAUAGAUUAGUCAUGUGAACGCUAUAUUUCAGUCAUUUUUUCACAGUUUUACACAGAAUUUGUUUUCAUGCAAAAGUAUGUAAUGUAGUUUUCAUCAUUUGUUCAUUGCUUGUAGGAACUGAUUCUGUAACUGAUAAAUCGAAAGUUCAAUGAAAGGUACAUUUCCUUGAAUUAAAAACACACUCUUUUCCCCUCAAUUUAGUCCCCAGAAUGCUGAAAGUCAAAUUUUAGAGCUUUGAAAUUUCACAAUUUUUUGGGAAAGCACGCCCCGAGACCUCCUCCCCCUAGAAAAAGGAGACCAACGGCUCCUUAUUACUACAGUCGGUUACUCUAUUCAAAGCUGCUGGUUACUUUAAUUUUUAUUGAAACCCCUGAACACCACUACCACUUCAAACUGCCAUAAGCCUGAACUACUUACUGUAGGUUUCUGUUCUUAUUCUUUUUAAACUCUCUAAAGCAUUUAUUCCAACACUCUUACAUUGUCAAAUGUAGGCAAACUCUCCUGGAAUUGAACUCCUAACAAAACAUAUCUAUGUUCAGAAGGAGAAAAAAAUCGUCGUCUCUUGAUUACACCCUCCAUAAAUCAUUAAGUUAGGUAUUUUCAUGUUCUAGUUGUACAGUAAGGCCAAAGAAAUGUACAAACACUCGUUACAUCCACUUCAUGUGCCACUACCAAUACCACUACUAUCACUACUAGCAUUUAAAGUUAUCACUGCCGCUUCCACAGUACCACAUUUACUUUUGCUACCAGUAAUGUUGCUACCAUUACGUGAACUGUAGGCACAAGCACCACUGCUGCUCUUAACACCAGAUACCAGCACCACUGCCACUACCUUUACUACUAGCACUGCUUCCACCACUACCACUACCACUGUCACCUCAGUGUAACACAUCCCCUACUUCUAACACUGCCAUUGCCUCUAGUACUCUAAUAACUGAGGUACAUUUACCUACUAGAGACUCGAAAACUCAACGUGCUAAAGUCCAUGUGUUCCUUUCAUUGUAGGUUCUUUAUUUCGUGCUCAGUUUCGAUGUUUGGAAGCUAGGCUGGUCUCAGAAGCUCAGGGAGCUCAGAAAGCUUUUGAUGUGUUACAGGAGGCAUCCUUUUCAUUAAAGCAAGUUCAGGAUCAAUCUACUGAGUCUUUCAAACUGACUAAAGGGCUUUUCCGGUAUAUUGAGGGAGAAGUCUAUUGUCAGAACAGAGACUACAAGAGCGCUAUUGAAUCCUUACAGUCUUCUUUGGACCUUAUGGAGGAACUGUUAAAACUUGACACUAUUGUUGCCAGGUGUUAUAAUGCUCUAGGCAAUUGUUAUUACGGAUGUAAUCAACUGGAGAAAGCACUCGAACUCUACUACAAGGCACUUAGAAUGCGAAAGGAAUUAUCUGGCUCUGAUUGCCACUGUGACAUGGCAGUUUUCAAGAAUCAAAUUGGCACAGUUCACGAGGACAAAGGAGAGUAUGAUGAGGCAGUAGAAUGGUACAAAAAUGCUCUUGAACUUUUAAUAGAGCUGAAAUGCUUGGGACACGAAGAUGAAGCACUUUUUCGUAGAAAUCUCGCUAAUGUUUACAUUCACCAAAUGAAGUACAAAGAAGCUGAAGAGGAAUCAGAGAAGGCAUUCAACAUCAGACUUAAAUGGCUUGGAGAUCACCCAGAUACCGUACGAAGCCUUUUUCAGCUGGGAGUUAUUCAAGCAAACUUACGGGCUUUUGGCAAAGCCUUGGACUGUUUCAUAGCAGCUUGGAAAAUGGAGAAAUCAUUGGGUGUGGGGAACCACAGUGCGGUCUGGAGACGCAUUAUCAGUGGCGUCUUUGACAUGUGUGAUUUUUUAAGGAAUAAACACACUGACAAAAUUGACCAAAAAAAGUUCAGGCAGGAUGCUUUGGAGUUUUGUCAGCAUUUCUGGGAAGAAGAGAAGGCUUCUCCGCAGUUCAGUUUUACUGCAUACAAUAAAGAAAUCAUCGAUGCCAUUCUGUAUCUCCUUGGCAACGUGAAAGAAACGGAAACAGAAGAAAGAACGCUGGUAGACCAAUAUGAGAAAGAGGCUGUUUGGUUUUAUGAUGGUUUAAUUGAAGCUACUGAAGAAUACUUCAACGGGGAAUUUGAUAAGGCAACAGACAAUAAAGUGUUGAAUGAAAUGCUUAGAGAAAGAACUGCCCUUUUGGAGAGGUUAAUUGAGUUUUGCCUUCGACACAAUGAGCGUAAAAUGCUUCUAAAACACAAACGGGGAAAGAUGACACUGUUUAAGAAAGUACUUGUCAGGUCCGACUUUGUUGGUGAGGAAAAACAGAAGAAAGCAUGCUUGAAGAGUGUUGUGGAACAGUUGUAUGAAGACUUAGGAGAGAAAGGAAUUAUUAAAAUUUUUCGAGAAAACCUCUUGGCAACCUGGCAAAGGCAGUGGGAAGAAGGCAAAGGCGCAGAGGGGUCAAGAGAAAAGUUGGUCGCUAGAGAGAGAAUUAUCAAAGGAAUUCUAAAGCUGUGUGCAGAACUUGAAAUGAAAGAUCUUCUCAAGAGAUAUCAGAAAGAAUAUUUGAGCUUUCUUGAAAAGUUAUGGGAAUUACAUGAUCAUGAAAUGGAAUCCUCUCACAUGAAAAAACUUCUCCGCACGAUGAAACACCUGGCUAUUUCCAUCGAAGAUCAUGAAAGAAGAAAAGUCUACAAAGUUGCUUUACAGGUGAAAUUCUUAGGCUUGAUUAGUAAUGUAGUGGACUUUCAGUAUUACAGAGAUGAUUCCAUUUUUUUUCCCUUAAUGACCUCCUUAUUUGCUUUGACUUUCCAGAAAAUAAAUUUGUGGUUGUACAACAUUGAUUUGGCAGAAACACUGCUAACUACUUCUGUCUCUUAGCAGUUUUUUUUUAAAUAAUCAAUCGAAAUUCAAUCAAGUAUCUAUGGACAAAUUUGAAAAUGAGUUUUUUAAUGUAGUUACUUAUUUCACGGAUGAAGGUCACAAACUUCAGUGUUAAGUGACAAACACAAAAAUGGCAGAAAAUCAGGCCCUUGCUUAUCUAGGAAUAGCUUGAUUUUGUUGGAUACCAAAAGCAUUGCUAUGUAUGUUUUUUCGGCAUUGAUCUUUUCUGUUUUACCUUUUUUCUUUUACCAGGAGUGGGAGGAGGAAAAACAGCCAACAGUCUUGCCUAGAUCGACAGGUGACAUUUCAUUAUUGCUUCUUUAUUACAAGCUUAAAAUAGGCAGGUACAAAAGUCGGACCGGAUCAACUCGGACCGCCAGUCCGGGUCGGAUCAACUUGGAUCGACUCGGACCAACUCGGAUCGAAUAAAAAAUAAAAAUUAUGUAAAAAUGGACUUGGAUAAACUCGAAUCAUAAAAAAAAAACAACUCGGAUUAUAAAAAGAAAAAUAAAAUCAGUCGGCAUCACUUACCUUUCACCUGCCAUUUUGUUUUUUUUCUCAUGAACUUGUGGUUGCGUAAAUAAAUUUUAUUUUUAUUUUUAUUAAUUUUAAUGACACACUAGUGAGCAGCACAGAUACACUUCCAGUGAACAUUUUCAACUUGGAAGGAGGAGAAACCAUGCUCGCCCGGGACAACGAAAAAUUUUGUACCGAGAGCGAAAAUUGACCUCACGACCCUCCGAAUACUAUAUCGGACGUUCCAACCACUGAACGGGAGGGUCGUGAGUUCGAUUCUCGACCAGGGCUUGGAAAUUUCCUUUGUCCCGGGCAAGCAUGGUUUCUCCUCCUUCCAAGUUGAAAAUGUUCACUGGAAAUAAUUAUAUGUGUGCUGCUCACUAGUGUAUCAUUAAAAUUAAGUUUCAGAAGUCCUGCAGAAAAAAACAAACAGGAACAAACAAACAAACAAACACUCUUCGGUAACUAUCUAAAUGCGAUCAAUAGACCAGGCUUUUGAUACUUUUCUCAUAAAUAAUUCAGUACACUAAAAAAUAAGCAAAUAUAUACAUUCUAGGCGACUGAAACUAUCAUUUUCUUUGGAAUGAAUAAAUGGUCGAGAUUUUACCUUCCUCGAGGACAUAAAUAUCUGUGUCCUUGAAAGAGAACGCGCGCAUCGUGUAACGGAACCACGAGUUCGUAACAUGAUUUGAGAGGAACUGGCACUAGUAAAACAAAAUGGCGGCUGAAAGCCACGGAGAAAAAAAGGAUUACCUGGCCUUUUUUACCCUCCAAAUGGAUUAAAAUUUUCAGUUUAGGUAAUUUAAUUAUUUUAUUUUUUGUUGAUCUGAGUCCAAUUUUAUUUUAUUUUUGUUUUUUUUUUAUUCGAUCCGAGUUGGUCUGAGUCGAUCCGAGUUGAUCUGACCUGGACUGGCGGUCUGAGUUGAUCCGGUCCGACUUUUGUACCUGCCUGCUUAAAAUUGAACUUUAUACUAUUGUUUUUUUAAACUCAUAUUCUACUGUUUAUUAUUACCUUACCCAUUAUACAUGUACCACCACAGUUAUAAUCAUUAGAAUCUUCCUCGUAUCCAUUAUCUUGGCAUCAUAUUCUCACCUUCACCACCAUCAUCACAAUGAUUGUCCUCAUUUUUACACGAUAACGUUUUUAGUUUUUUUUUUUUUUAACUAUAUGCUUUUUGGAAUUUUCUGGCCUCUAAAUCAGGUUUCUUUGUCGUAAAGUGCUCAUUUCUACCUUACAUGUACGUAGAAAAAAAUUAUUCUUGCAAUGAAAACUAAAACUUUUUUACAUCAUUUUGCUCUGUACCAGUAAACUCUUGUGAGAAAGACGUUCUGUUACAUUUCUACGCGGUUCUGUUUAUAUCAUGUGGUUGAUUUCUCUUGUUGGUACCUUAAGGAGAUAUUCACGUGGUAAGGUAUCCAUGGAAAUACUUGAAAUUCUUUAUCAUCUGAUUUUUUUUUUCUUAAUUUCAUGUUAUGUUUUGAAGCUCAUUUAGAUGCUCGUGAAGGGAAAGAAAAGACUAAAGUAGAAGCUGAAGAAAAUGUCGAAGCGGUGUCAUUGGAGGCCACUGAGUUAACAUUCAAGGAAAUGAUUAUAGAAGGGUCAGAAGAAGAUGCUGAAGCGGAGUCCAAGGAGGUAACUGAAAACUUUGGUGAAGAAGGAUCACUUCACAUGAUGCCAGGUAUUUUCUUGUGUCAAUGCUUUAACACAUUGUUAUUUGGUAUGUUGCGCAUGAAAACACCUUAAAUUCGUUAUUAACUGGCUUUUCUCUUAUUUCUUCUUCAGCCCAAGAAGUUCUGCAAGUAGAAAUGAAAUGUUUGCUCAAACAACCCUGGUUAGUUGCCUAUGAGGGGAGAGAAGAGACUGAAGAUGAAGAUGAGGAGGACUUUCCAGCAGUAGCAGUGGAUGCCACUGAGUUAACAUGCGAGGUGGUGAUUAUAGAAGGGUUAGAGGAAGAUUUUGAAGUGGUGUCCAGUGAGGUAACCGAAGAUGUCGGUGGAGAAGUGUCCAUUCAUAUGAUGCCAGGUAACUUUCCCUGUCGGUAUCCUAACCACGUAGCUAUAUUUGGUAUGGUGUAGAUUUAUACACUUUAAUUCGCUGUUGUCUGAGUCUUUUUGUUUUUUCUUCAAGUAGAAAAAAAGUGCUUGCUCAAACAACCACCCUCGGAUGUUGGCAAAGAGAAAAACGAGACUAAAGUAGAAGCUGAAGUAGACGUUGAAGCCGUGUCGGUUGAAACCACUGAGUUAGCGUCCGAGGAGGUGUUGACGGAAAGGUCAGAAAAGAAUACUAAAGUGGUGUCCAAGGAGGUAACUGCAAACUUUGUUGGAGAAGGAUCCCUUCAUGUGAUGCCAGGUAAUUUCUCGGUAUGCUAACCACACUGUAAUUUUUUAUACAUGAAAACACCUUAAAUUCUUUAUCACCUUCGUUUCCUUUUUCUCUUUUCUUAAUCUUAAGUCCUUAAAGUAGGAUUAAAGUCUGUGCUUGAAGAACCUCCCUCGAAUGUUGGAGAAGAGAAAGACGAUACCGACGAAGAAGUUGAAGUCAUUUCAGAGGAAGCCACUGAAUUAGAAACCGGCAACGAAGUGAUCUCAGAAGGGUCAGGAGCAGAUGUUGAAGUGGCGUCCACGGAGGUUACUGAACAGCCAACCAGAGAGCGAUCACAAAUAAGGAUUAACAGAAGAUCGGGCGAAGAGGUUGAAGCCGUUGUUAUUCUUAAGUAAGUAUUCAUUAAGUAAGUAAUGUACGCAAAGGCCAAAUACAGUCAAACUUUGUUGUAGGUGCAUGUACUGAAGAGAGAGAUUUACAACUGUAAGUGGCCUUAUUAUCUAUACGGCUAAAUCUAGGAGCGGGAAGAUGAAAUUUCUGUGUUCUGAUCGGCUACUGGUACCUGAAAGGGUUUUUCCGCUCGUGAAUUUCCAGGUUAGGCCCGUAAGAAGAAGUUCUCUUUAUUUAACCUUUGUUAACCAAGCUUGUUGGGUAAAGAUGGCUGGAUAGAAGUCAUGGGUUCAACUGCCAUACAAGCCUGAAUUUUUUUAGGCUUUCUUUUCACAACGGCAAAAUUGGUGUCUAUAACUGAGAUGAUCGUCUUUCAUAUAAUUCUCGAACCUGCGGUUCCUAUAAAUUAUAAUAUAUGAUUUUUAUUAUAUCCAUUCAUUAAUGUUUUAGUGUUAGAAAGUGAUGAUCAAACAUGUUUCAUCCAAAACAUAUAAUUAUUGAAUUUCAAUGUUUAUUUUGAAUUGUACGGUGGUGUCUUAUAAAACUUUAAUUUGUUUAUUCUUUUAAGGGAUACAGUGACCAAACAAGGCGCCCACUGGAAUCUCAAACAAGUCAAGGCACAUGUAAUAUUCCCUCCUGAUGCUGUGUCUGAGGAAAGAACAAUCACUGUCUCUAGAUGGAAUGCAUCAGUUUGUUCCCCUCCUUUGAACAACAAUGAAGCUCUUGUUAGUGCCAUCCUUGAACUAUUGCCCGACAGUGCUCAAUGUCUUGAUUUCAACAAAGCUGUCAGGCUUGUAAUUUCACAUUGCGCGGGAGACUUAAAGGGGUUUGAGGUUGUGGCGAAAAAACUAGUUGAUAGGAACCGUAAUGAGUGGGAUGACAUUUCUGAAACAACUGACAUGCGGUCAUUGGCAGGUAAGGAAGAAGUUGGCGAGGAGACAAAUAAAAUAAGAAAUGACUGAAUUUAUAAAUUGGUUGAGUUCUUCUUUACUUGAUGAAGUUGCCCCAACACAGCUGUCUGGCCCCAGUUGUUUAAAUGCUAGAUAGCGCUAUCCAUUGGAUAAAUCUCUAUCCAGUGAGUAAGUAUUAGGGAAACCCCCCAUUGCACUAUCCACUGGAUAGAGAUUUGUCUGCUGGAUAGCGCUAUCGAGCUUUUCAACAACUGGGGCCUGGGGCCCGUUUCUCGAAAGUUCUGGUAAUUUUUCGGGCCCGAAAUCAAAUAUUCAAAUCAAAAUAAUUAUAAGAAUAAGGGCAAGGGUCUUGGCUAGCAAACUACUCCAUUUUGUUUUUAUUAGCUGAUAGUUUUAUCAUGUUAGAUGCAAAACUAUUGAAACCUUGAUCUUUAAUGUAAACAGAGACAGCUUACGGGGCCCGUUAAUUAUCGGGACUUUCGAGAAAUGGGCCCCUGGUUAAUAUAGCGCGUGUAAACCUUAGGUUUAAGUCCAUUUUAUUGACAAGAAAAUUUUUUGCAUCCCUUUUCAAAGACUGUGGUAAAAAAAAGACAUUUAAGACAUUUGCCCUCACUUCAAAAAGAUUAUCCCCACUAUGACCCAGGAGUCAUUUUAGAGAGGGGAGGGGCAAUAUUAAAACUGGCUGCAUAAUAGAGUUGAUUUCUUGUUGUACAGGUCAGUUUGUAGUAAGUAACAAGGGAAAUAUUUCCGUGACUUUGGCAGUUACUGGAGGAUGACCGCUUCAUGCAGGUUGUCUUAAUCCAAGUUUGACUGCAUCAUGAAACUGAAAGACUACAUGUUUUAUUACAGACACCAGGAAACUGAGAGACCCUGCCUCGUCAAAUGAUAUUCCUGAUUAUUUUCUGCCGGUUGCUAAAUUUGAAACUACACAGUACUCGACAUUUGCAGUUGUUUCCCGUCUUAAAUCGCACAAGUUCACUGUCACUUCUGAGGGAAAAGUCCUUUCCUUGCCUUAUCAUCCACUCUUCAAUGUUUUUAUUCCUCACGAUGCUGUACAAGAAGACAAAGAGCUUCAUAUCAAAGUUAGUUUUUAUUUAUUUCUUUAUUUAUGACGAUUUAUUUAUUUUACAUAACACGGAAAAAAUGAUUACUCUAGCUUAAGGAAUUCCGAAGUUAUUAUUAUAUUAGUUGUUACAUCCAGUAUACUGUAGGUUGAGCAUUGACUCCUAAUCACCAAGUGUGUUGUACACAUCGCUAAGACAGAGAUAAUGUGGAUUGGCUCACAGCAAAGCCUUGCUUAUACUGUUACCUAUUAACUUUACAGAGAUCUCGCAGUUAGUUAUCUAUAUUUUGUUUGUAAAAAAAUAACAAAAAGGAGGAGGGAGAGGGGUUCUGCGCACAUCUUGUGUGUUGAAUGUUGUAGUCAAAGGCUGAUAAUUGAGAUAUAAACUCCGAGGUUUCAGCAAUACUGGAAAUUAUCUUAGUCUGCAAUGCAGUCAUAUUUCGUUGGGCGAGUUUAAGGGCGCUUUCCAUUUGUCAGAGCUGACCGGCCAGACCAUUCCAGUUAUAAUGAGAAUUUCACUUUUAAUCAAAACUAUCCACAGGCAGCCAGAUCAGUGAAAUCCUAAAUAGCAUGUAUGGCGGAGAUGGUUUUUCAUCAAAACCUCUUGGAAAAAAAGCCUAUUUCAUUGUCAAAAUGACUGGUCCUGCUUAGCCCAGCCAGUCAGUUCUGACUUUUGGAAAGCACCCUCAGUUACUUGUUUAUGUUAAGUGUCAUUGUCUGAGAAAGUGUUUCAGGGGCCAAAAGUUGUGGUCAACCGAUUUGGCUGAAACUUGGCACAGAAGCUGGGUGUGAUGACUGAGAUAUUUCAAAAGCCACUUUGGCUCACUUCUCUGACUUUAGUCUUGGAGUUACAGGGGGGGUCUCAUUUUUGCCCCUUAAGUACCAAAAAUCCAGCCUUCCAGGGGGCAUUUUGCAAGUGUGAUAAGACCCCACUGGUAAAUUGUGCUGCCAAAUGAAUUUGACCAUUAACUCUUCUAUAACAGAGCUUUCAGUUCAUGCAUGUAACUUUGUCUUCAAGGUAUUGCAUAGAGAGGAGCCUGGGGCUAGAGUUUGGUUAAAAUUGAUGUUAAGAUUACAACCCAAAAUAGUCAUUUUUCAAAAUUUCAGUAUAUUCACCUGCCUUCUUGUAUAACUUCCAUACCUAUACCACUGUUUACCUUAUAGUCACCCAAUUAUCAAAAUCAGUUGAGAAAAAUUUGGCUUAUUGUGGUUUAUUGAAUUUUUGGAACAAACACUUCAUGCCCCUCCAAGGUGAUACAAAAUGGAAUUUUGAGCUCAAUUUUGGCCAUAUUAACAAGCGAAAUUGUUGGCAAGAAGCCCUUAUUCAGUAUUUGGUAAGUGAAAAUGAAUUUUCAUAGCCAAAUCAGUUUCGUUGUUUACUGAAAUACGUCGACUCUUACCUUAAAUACUAUUAGCACAAAAACACAUGAUUUAGCAAAACAAAGGUGAUUUUUUUCCUUGAAAACCUGGUAACCAUCAUAGAACACAAAUGAUGAUGUUCUGACCUAGAUAUAACAAUCUUUUUACAAGAUGCUUAAAUUUUUCUUUGAUUUGUAUAAUUCAGUUUUUCAUCAUAUAGUUCUAAGCAUUACUCUGACAAGUAUGGAAAGUUUCCAUAUUUUGUCAGGCGCAUUUUUUAAAUAUUUUUACCAGAUAAAGUUAGCUUAUCAAAAGGUUUGUUAACAUAGUAAUCUUCUUCUGACCUUGUAAUAGCCUAGUGAAUAGUUGUUGUAAAUACCCAUCAGCAAAGGAGCAUGACCAUACAUACAUAGAUUAUACAAACAUAUACAAGCUUCAGUGAGCAGUAUGGAGGUGAACUGUGAUUUUCUGAGUCCUUUAGAGCUGAAAAAAUGAAACCAUCCAUUCACUGAGAGCUGGAGAACAUAAAGUUUUGUUGCUUUUUAAGGAAAAUAACCCAGACAAAGCCUUGCAUUGAGAUGAUGCAAUAAUUGUUAUGAUAUCUAAUUAACUGGCCCACCAUUUUGGACUUGGAGAGUGUGGGAACUGGACCAAGUUCCCAUCGAAUCCUUCUCCCGUUUUGCGGGAAUUUUUUUUUUUAACCAGGUGUGUUCAAAAUUCUAGAAAGCAACCUGUUUCAGGACAAUUUUACGAUGGCACUUUAUUCCUUUUAAGGAGUAAAUGACCAGUGCGGUGUGAUGUCAUGGGCUGUGCUCUUCAUAAGGACCCAGGAAAUUAACAUGGGAAUCAAUCAACCAUAAACAAACAAUUUGAGACAACAAUAUUGUAACUUAUAUAUCGUCAUCUCUCUUCAAUCAGAAGAGUCCCCUAGAUCGCGAUAAAAGCCAUUUGUGCGCAUGUAUGAUCCCUAACUGAUCUUUUGAAUCACCUGUAGCUUUGGUAUCACCAGGUCUCCUCUUCUUCCCUAGACACACCUGAAUCCUUCUACUUGCCCUUUAACCAUGCAGUCUUGUCAUUAUCGCAAGACAACAAAGGAAGCAUUCCCAUUCCUUGCAGACAGCCCAUAACAUGACACCACUUGGUCAUUUACCCCUUAAAAGGAAUAAAGUGCCAUCGUAAAAUUGUCCUGAAACAGGUUGCUUUCUAGAAUUUUGAACACACCUGAUUAAAAAAAAAAAUUCCCGCAAAACGGGAGAAGGAUUCAAUGGGAACUUGGUCCAGUUCCCACACUCUCCAAGCCCAAAAUGAUGGGCCAGUUAAUUUGAUAUAAUAACAAUUGCAUCAUCUCAAUGCAAGGCUUUGUUUGGGUUAUUUUCUUUAAAAAAAGCAAAAAAAGCUUUUUGUUCUCCAGCUCUCCUAACUGUAGAUGGAUGGUUUCAUUUUCUCAGCCCUAAACAACUCGCAAAAUCACAGUUCACCUCCAUACUGCUCACUGAAGCUCGUAUAUGUUUGUAUAUAAUCUAUGUAUGUAUGGUCAUGCUCCUUUGCUGAUGGGUAUUUACAACAACUAUUCAGGCUAUUACAAGGUCAGACGCAGAUUAUAUGUUAACGAACCUUUUGAUAAGCUAACUUCAUCUGGUAAAAAUAUAAAUAAAUGGGCCUGACAAAAUAUGGAGACUUUCCAUGCUUGAAGUAAUGCUUAGUAAUAUGACUUGAAACUGAAUAUAAAUUAAAGAAAAAUUGAAGGAUCUUUAAACAUCGUUCUAUCGUCAGAACAUCAUCAUUUGUGUUCUAUGAUGGUCACUAGGUUUUCAAAGAAAAAAUCACCCUUGUUUUGCUAAAUCAUGUGUUUGUUGUGCUAAUAAGAGGUCUGUUUUAGAUCAAUUUAAGGUAAGAAUUGGUGUAUUUCUAAACAACGAAUCUGAUUUGGCUUUGAAAAUUCAUUUUCACUUACGAAAUAAGGGCUAAUACAGAAUUACAGAAUAAGGGCAAACUAAUUACAGAGCAAGGGCUUCUUGUCAACAAUUUGGCUUGUUUAUGGCCUGAAUUGUGCUCAAAAUUCCAUUUUGCAAUGCCUUAGAGGGGCAUGAAGUGUUUGUUCCAAAAAUUCAGUAAACCACAAUAAGCCAAAUUUUUCUCAACUGAUUUUGAUAAUUGGGUGACUAAGAUAAACAGUGUGUAUUCAAAUUUCAAACACUUACUUGCCAGAAUUUCUAAUUAUUUUACUUUACGCCGAGACUAACCCUGUAUGAAUGUGUCGAUAAUGUUUAUAUUCAGUGGUAAUUUUUAAUUCGAAACUGGACUAUUUUGGCCAAACUCUAGCCCCAGGCUCCUCUUUAUGCAAUACCUUGAAGAGAAAGUUACAUGCAUGAACUGAAAGCUCUGUUAUAGCAGAGUUAAUGGUCGAAUUCAUUUGGCAGCACAAUUUACCAGUGGGGUCUUAUCACAUUUGCAAAAUGCCCCCUGGAAGGCUGGAUUUUUGGUGCUCAAAGGGCAACAAAUGAGAUCCCCCCUGUAACUCCCAAAACUAAAAGUCAGAGAAGUGAGCCAAAGUGGCUUUUGAAAUAUCUCAUCACACCCAGCUUCUGUGCCAAGUUUCAGCCAAAUCGGUUGACCACAACUUUUGGCCCCUGAAACACUUUCUCAGACAAUGACACUGUACAAUGUCACUGUUACAAUGCAAUAAUACCGUGGCCGCCAUCUUUGAUUUUCUCACCAAGGAAGAUUGGAGAGAGUAGAAAUGACAACUCUUUGGGUAGACAUUGGGAUGAAAUACAGAAGUGGGAGAGGGGGAGGACCCCUUGAGUCACCCCAACUCCUCGACUCUUUUUUAGAAUCCAGCAUUGCGGUUACGCGAGCGGAAAACAUUCGCGCACCUGAAGGAAAUUUUUUGACAUGAUCUGUUUUGUUAGUUUGUGAGCAAAUUGUUGUUACAUGUGCAGUUUGAAGAGCAAAUAAUUACUAAAUUCUUGGGAAUCUGUGUUGAGUGAAAUUUGUCAUGGCUCAAUAAUUAUUAAAAUUUCUAAGACCAUUUCCUCUGGUACAGGUGCACUUAGAUAGCUGACGGUCAUUGUAACGAACUGUUAAAAGAUUGUUUGGAUUUUUUCACUUUUUAAAGUACCAUUAACCCUUUCACUGCCAAAUGUGACCAAAGGUAAAUUCGACAAAAAUCCCAAAUUUCUUUUCGUAACAUUUUUAAAAAACAAAUAGCACCACACGAAAGUACUUCUAAAGAAAUUUCAUUUGAAUGGUCAUACCAUAGGAUUGCAUCCACAGACUCAAAAGUUAGAACUACAUACUAAAUAAGUAGUACCAUGUGAAAGUACUGCUAAAGAGGUUUCAUUUGAAUGGUAAUACCACAGGAUUUCAUCCACAGACUCAAAAGUUAGAACUACAUACUAAAUAAAUAGUACCAUGUGAAAGUACUGCUGAAGAGGUUUCAUUUGAAUGGUCAUACCAUAGGAUUUCAUCCACAGACUCAAAAGUUAGAACUACGUACUAAAUAAACGUACCAUGUGAGAGUACUGCUGAAGAGGUUUCAUUUGAAUGGUAACACCAUAGGAUUUCAUCCACAGACUCAAAAGUUAGAACUACAUACUAAAUAAAUAGUACCAUGUGAAAGUACUGCUAAAGAGGUUUCAUUUGAAUGGUCAUACCAUGGGAUUUUGUCCACAGACUCAAAAGUAAGAACCACCUCACAAAACUCCAUCAUUCACUCUGGCAGUGAAAGGGCUAAAAGCAACCGAGCGAUCUCACGGAAACUUGAAAUCCAUGUACAUCAACAGUAACUAUUGGUGGCUGGUGGGUUCCCUUUCCGUUGCGCGUAAUUUUCUUUUCUGUUUCAGUGGUUCUCGCAUUGAUACAGAUAACUUGCACUUGGAGCUGAUCAGAUGUUAGUGUAAAAGUUAUUGCGUGAAUGUUGCUGAUCAUCUCCUCGUUACCAAAAAGAAAAAUAAGAAAAUUUCAAAGUAAAGGUAUUGUUCGAAUUUACAGAACCUUCUAAUGUGCUUUCUUUCUGCAAUUAGUUACAAGAAAUUUCUCACGGAACAUUUAGAGGAAAGGAGAUUUCGGCAAGCCCCAUACUCAGAAUUACAGGCUCUGAUCAUGACUCACUGCAGUUUAAAAAACCUGUAACCAUACGGUUACCAUUGCCACUCACGGAGGAAAGCUGUGAAGUUCCUGACAUGUCGUCGUGCCGCGUUCGCAUCUGGUGUUUAGCUUCAGAUGAAUCAGAUCACGAGGAAUGGACUGACAUCAGCGACGGCCUUGUCACGCCUGAAAGUUUACUACCUACAAUGGCGAUCGAGUUCAGCGUCAUGCACUUCUCUGGGCGCUUCUCUGGGUAUGUAACUUUUGUAAUUGUUAUCAAUAUGCUUGUCCUAUUCGGAAAUUAUUUACAUGAUGCUGCUUGGGCCAUGCUCACUCCAACUCUUGGCGCGUUUAAUGAUUCCGUCCACACAUCUUUACAGUGUUUAUGUCCUUCUCGUGUGGACAUCCGAAAACGGUUAAUUCAGAAGAGGAACUCAUGUGGCCAUAGCCUUAGAAAGGAGACAAAUUCCGCAAAUAUCUUCCCAAAAGUGCAUGCUCUUUUAGGUUGAGUUGAUAUAUGUGCAAAGCACAUAUUGCUCGAAUUAAGCAGUAAAACGCUGAAGUUCAUUUCAACAGUGAUUAAAUUAGUAUUUAAUUUAUAGGCCUUCCAGAGAUUAGACACAAAGCUCCGCUGAUUUUGUUCCUUCCAGUCAUUACUAUUUCUUACUUGUGAUUGCAGUUAAACUUGAGCCUGCGUGGCAGGCGUUCGAAAGGGAAGGGAAAGGGAAUGCGGGCACAUGCAAGGGAGACGGGAGAAGAGGAACGCCGUCCGAAAUAAUAAUAAUAAUAAUAAUAAUAGUAAUAAUAAUAUAAUAAUAAUAGUAAUAUGUAUAUAUAAACAUUUCAUUUCAAUUAAAACAAUCCAAUCCGGGAGAAGAGGAACGCCGUCCGAAAUAAUAAUAAUAAUAAUAAUAAUAAUAAUAAUAAUUGUAAUAAACCCUCAUGUACAGUUUCGAGGUGGUCUUUUUACUUUACGAUUCACUAGAACAAAAUUACAGCAAAAGAAAAGAAGAAAAAUAGGGAAUUAAAAAAGGCGAACCGAAAACGUUCCAAAAACGGUAAGUCAAAGUACAACAAAUGACUAAGAAAACGAGCAAAAAAAUACGGGAAAAACUAUACUUACAAGAUCUGUAAGGUAACUCCGGAAACAAUUAAGCGACUGAUUUACAUGGACAAAAAAUAAAACUUUAUACUAAACUGAACUGAAAACAAUAAACAUAAUGAACUUACGAAAAUUGUCAAGAACGAUCACGUAACGCGACUUCGAGAAUAGACUUACAGAAAAAAAAAAUACGCAUACGAAAAAAGGCUAACAAAGAAAAGAUCAAUAUAUCUCUUGAAAUAUAAUCCACGAAAAUGUUUCUCUACUAAUUAUUAUUACUAUUACUCUGACUCUGAAGAUGACUACCGCACAGGUUGUCGAAACGUCAGUCACUGUCAACAACAACAGUCCUAUUCAGGACUACGUUCACCGGGACGAUCAAACCAGGGGCACCCAACGACAAUUUUCGGAAGAAUAUCUGUUCGGAAGACGAUUUUAGAUCUAGAAUUUUCGGAACAUUUGUUGUAAAAUUUCUUGCUUGUCUGUCUCUCCUAGGAUUUUUGAAGAACCAAAAAAUGGUAUAAUUGCCUUUUUUUUUAACGGAUUUUUAGCCUAAAAAGGUCACCUAGAAUUUUCGGGAGCCUUUUUUCUGGCUGAAAUUUUCGAAAAGGUAAGUUUUGAUCCCUAUAAUUUUUGGAUCACUAGACUUUCAGCUAGGAAAUCCGAACAGAUGAAAAAUUUUUAGGGGAUACAAAUAUGCCUAUAUCUACCGUUUAAAUACUAAAAUACGUUUAACAGUGCUAUGUUUAAGUGAUUUUGAACUAUAUUCUCGUUGGGUGCCCCUGUCCAACUCAACCUACUUUUGAAAUGACUCCUGGAUUCAAACCUUUCACAGUAUUACUAUUGCUAUUAGCAAUCACUACCAAUAUUUAACAUCUUUUCACUAAUUCCGCGAUUCUAACAUGAACCAACAACGAUAAGAAUAUUAAAUAGUAGUAAUCAUUGAAUAUGCAAUAUUCAAUAUCUUUUCCCUAAAUCAAAAUGUAGCCUCCUAAAAGUCGUCUUUCGAUGUCAAAGUCCAUCUCAUUUAGGUUGAAAUUUACUCUCCCCAUUGAACGCGAUCCCCUUAAGCAUAGGAGGGAUGUUCUCAGAAUGGCAGAUGAAAUUCUGGUUCUUAUCUAAGAUAUCGUAGUCGAUUAGUCCUCGCCUUUCUUGACUGACAGGAGUUCGGCUAGUCGCUUGUGACAGAUUUGACAGUCAGGUGCCAUGGUGAACACCAGCGGCGUGAACGUGGCUUGUUCCACCUCCAUAACUCGGCUUGCGUACAUACGUUUCUUCUCGUUUUCAUGCUCCCCCGUUUACAAAUCAUUGCAUGGUAGACAUACCAAUAAUAAUAAUAAUAAUAAUAAUAAUAAUAAUAAUAUUCAAUAAUAAUGGCGGCAAGUAGGGAGGUUGUGCUUUGAAGUAGCUCCAUGAUUCUAUUUCAUAGCCUUGCCCAAACGAAAGCAAGCCAAGCUCGAAGCGGCUAGGCAUAUUCUUAAGUACUUCUGAGUACUUUGCAUCUUGUUUAUCUAACAAGGAGACGACUGAGGGCGGAUUUAUACUAUUAGAAGUUGAACAUUUAAGAUAAAUACUUAGUUAGGGCGCUAUGGACUUCAGUUUUUAGGUUUUUGUUUUUUCUCUAGAAAUCUAGAAACACAAGCUUGCUGACGUUUUUACUCAGAUUUUUUAGAACAGAGUGUGAUAUUAUUAUAAAUAUGUUUUUAGUAGAGAUAGCGAAGGUUUUACAGAGUAUCAGAAUUUAAUAAUAUUCUAAAUUGGCUUUUUAAGUAGAGAGAUUUAUAUCACUAUGUAUAAGCUUUUAGUAGAGAUAGCGAAGGUUUUACAGAGUAUCAGAAUUUAAUAAUAUUCUAAAUUGGCUUUUUAAGUAGAGAGAUUCAUAUCACUAUGUAUUUUAGGAUUGUAUUAGGUUUCGUAUCGACCUUUUUUUUUACUUCUAAGUAUAGCUUCUCAAGUGGUGUAGGUUACGCUAUGCGCCCUAUACUACUCAUAAUGUGGACUGCAUUCCAAAGUUUCAUACUGCGACAUAAUAAUAAUAAUAAUGAUAAUAAUAAUAGGUCUUUAUUAUGUUUUAGGUAAAAGUAUAUGCUAAAAACUCAGAACACUUACAGUUAAAGCAAUCAAAAAGCUGAAAGAGUUAAAAAGCUUAAGAUUCUGUAUAGACUAUUAAAAUUGACGUUAAAAACUGUUUUACAUUUAAACAAUUGUUACUUUAUAUUUAAAAAAAACCUAUUAAGAAAACUAUUUUUAAAACGCCGGGUAUUGACUCUAGGGAGUUGGCUGCUAGGAACUCGGAGGCGCACAACACUUUCUUUCUACUUUCUUUCGGGUGGCCGGGCAUGCGGGAGAUCUUCUUGAAUAGCGCGCGAUCUGCUUCUCUUGAUCCCCUUCCUCUUCCCUUUCGAAGCCUGUCACGCAGGUUACCGUACACGAUCGAUUAACCGCCGCUACUCGAAUAAGCGCGGCACCGUUACCAAAAAAUUAAUAAGCGCCUCUCGAAUAAGCGCCGCAGUGCUAAUUUGGGUAUUUACAAAUUAACGCCCCCCCCCCUUUUAUUACGGCGCUUGAUAUAAAAGUUAAAAAUCAUCACUUUUGUGCUCAAUUAUCUCAUUGUUUUAGUUUUAGUAUAUACUAAAAUAAUUAUUCACCUCAGUGUCGGUGGCUAGUGGUGGGUAUAUACCGAACGGCCGAUGCGGCGAGGUGAAUAGCCACCACUAACCACCGACACUGAGGUAAAUAAUUAUUUUAGUAUAUACUAAAACUAAAACAAUGAGAUAAUUGAGCACAAAAAAUUAAUGAUGAUUUUUAACUCAUUUACUGUUGCCAACGAACUCAUUUCGAUUUUGGCGCGGAGUGACCGAACGGCCGUCGCGUUUGCUUGCCGACAAAUAAAACUUUUGAAAGGCAUUUGUUUACCUCUUUCGGGGAAAUUUCUUCAAAAGGAGUUGUGAAUUCUCUUUGUAUUAAAAACCAUUCUGUAAAAAACCUAUUAAAUUUAGUUUAAAGCUUAUUUAUGAUCUUGUAGAAAUUUGAAUUUACGAUUCGUAGUAAAGACGACGACGUUGGUGCGCGCGGCAGGGAAAUUUUCCCGCCGUUUCUGAAGUUUGUUUUCUUCUUUUCACAAGUAAGCUUAUUUGUUCAACCAAAAUGUCUAAAUUCAUAAGAGAAACGAGAGCUCGUAUUGCAGACGGUUAUGGAAACAGAUUUAUAAAGGACCGAGUAUUUCACUGUAUUUCUACUUUUAUGUGUUUCGUCAACAAACUCAGCGUUAACUACGGAUUUAGACGAGACAACAAAGGACGAAUGCAAGAGGCGUUUUUAUACAGGGAGGGCAUUGAUAAACUUGCUGAACAGCUGCAGUUACUGUGAUGAGAUAACCACUUGCAAUGGUCUAGUUGUAGCUUUGGUACCAUCUUGCUAAUAUGGUUUCACCCGGUGUUAAUUUAUGUUUGUCUUCAGCUGGCUAUGGUGUUGAUUCUUCGGGUCGUUACUCCAAUGAAAACAGACAAACAAAUCGAAAACAUAUGUAAAUAGCAUGUGCCUAAUGUGAUACUUGAAUUGCCUUGAAAAAUCCGCUGAAGUAUGUAGGGAAAACUUUGAAAAUUAGUCGACUUUGGCGCGACGCCGGCAAGUGCCCAGAUAAGCAUGCGCAGUAAGACUGUCACGCAGUCCAACGGCGUCGUAGUGCGAAAGUCGUCGAUUCGUAAGCUCCCUAUUAUGAGCGAAAACGACCUCGCUAACCCCGGCUACGCGUUUAUGAAGCAUUUUUCAUUAGAAAGUGCAAGCCUACACUCAGUUCCUUCUAUUUUAGUAUUUUAGAGACCAUUCUUAAGCACUUUUAGAGGUCCUUUGUCUAGAGACAUUCCAUCCUUAGAGCUUUGUAUUCCAUUCACAGUUUAUUUCUUUAACUUCCAUAUAUACCCUACACCUUCUUUGCGUAUAUAUAGCGCGCGCGGAAUAUUUUCUCAUCCUUGAUGAUGCUGUUGUUAAUUGCUCGGCGAAAGCUUAGAUUUGGGAUUUUACUUUUCUAAACAUCAGUUUAAGGCCUCACCAGAACAGUUUUAUUUUCCCCUCAGUGUUUUACCCGUAGUUGAAAUAAGCGCAGCUCUCGAAUAAGCGCCGCUCUCGUAUAAGCACCACACCUUCAACAGGGAAAAUGAAAUAAACGCCGCGGCGCUUAAUCGAUUACUUACGGUAGUUAAGCUUAAAAGCUUGAUGCGCUUGUCCUGUUAAUGCCAUUGUUUGGAAGCAGGUUUUGGUGUUGGUUCGAAUGGUGCGCGCAGCCAGUGGUCUGGCUCGUGCGUGAAGCGUUUUCUUGCAAUGCUAGAAGAAAAGGGUUCUGGCUUGGAGAUGAAAGUUCCUCAGAAUGGAUGUAUUCCAACGACAAGACAGAAGUAUUCCUUUCGGAAGAUGUCAUGAAGCCUGUAAAACAUGAAAUACAUGUCUGGUAAGAAUUAAUGGGGGGAUGGGGGCGCGUUUAAAGGGACUGAUCCAACAUGUUGAUCCAGUAUCAUCUAACAUUGAAUGAUCAUCAUCCAAUCAAUAGAUAGUAAGAAAGAAAUGGAUCAACUUCGUCAAAACGUCGAGGUCCACAACAGCUACUCAAACGUAGGCUCCGACAAUAGAUUCGUUCAAGCCAAAAUAAAACUCUUCAGAAAAACCCAUUUAUGAUUGAAACAUUCUCAACUGCUUGAUUAUAACUUUUCAAAGAGUCUGAUAAUGAUGUUCGUCAUAGCAAUAGGCAAUAGUUCGAAUAGGUUGGUGGCACUCGUUAAUUCAUGUUCAGAUUAGGAGUAAGUACCCUCAUUUAUUGGAUCUAUUUAGGUUUCUGGGAAACUGCCCACCUACCCCUCCCCUAAGCCAAUAUUAACACUUACUUCUUGUUUAGGGCAAAAUGUUGAUUUAGGGGAGGGGUAGGUGGGUAGUUUUCCAGAAACCUAAGUUGAUCCCAUUCAUUGUAAACUGCAUCCACAAGCAGAGGUUUUUCUUAAGGUAGUUAAUGCUCCCAACCCGUGAGAAACGGGUUGGAAUGGAGUACUCUAUAAACAGGUGAGGGUCACUAAGCUAAUCACUAGUCUAGUCUCUUAAGGGUUGGAGAAACCCCCUUUCCUUUCCAGGGGUGCAGGAGGUCCCUACUCCUGUUUCAAUUUUCAUCUUAGGACUAAGAAAAGCUGUCUUGGUUGUCAAGUGAACUGAUCAAACAAUUUCACGUUUGAAUGUUAUCUUUUUACGGUUUUCGUAGCUUUCGCGAUGGCGCUUACGUUAAGGUUGAUGUUCUGAUGACAAGCCCCAGGGCAGUUGAGCUCCGCAGAAGCAUCAAGGAAAACGACAAUCAAUUGUUCUGUGAACUGGCACUAUCUCUCCCUCCUUCACCGAGUGAACCUUACGUAAGUACAGUUAUUUCAAAAUCACUGCAAUAAUUGAAUAUAGAUAUAAUAUCUUCUUAGCGAAGAUACUCUCCAAUCGCUGGAAUUUAAAUACUGAGCUUCUGAAAAAUCACGCUGAUGUUAAUCAAUACUCUCGUGAGGCAGCAUUAGGACAAUGUAACUGUUGUUAAGUGAAAUUUUAGCUAUUUUGUGUGGUUUUUACUUCUAGGCAAACUUAAGAUUGUGCUUAGUAGGGUGUUUAUUUUACAUGAUAAAUUUAACAAGGUUGCCCUUGCUGUUCAUGAGAUUCAGUUGCAGACAGAGAAUUAAGUUUUGAGAUAACCACGCUUGUUAAACUAACAUAUUUAACAAGGUUACGAUCUAGUUGAUUCCUCUUUCAGACUUGGCGAUCAGUUGUAAAGCCAGACUAAGGUUGUAGCUCUAGUUGUGCUUCUAAGAAUCGUCCUAAGUAAGGUAAAAGGUCGAAAAAGGAAAUAACUAUUUCUGUCAAGCACACAUUACAAAGGAAAGGUUGACUUGUGUUGGCGCACACAACUGUCGUAAAGCUUGUGAUAAAAAUAAUUGGUUCGAUGAGAAUAAACGAGUCGUACUCCAGGGAUUUAUAGAGUUUUUGUUAAAGGGGUUAUCAAUACCAGUUUUUCAGAUUUAUAUUGUACAAGCGCAGUAUAUAUUUAAGAGCCAUAAUAAUCUCAUAAUCUAAAAUAGAUCGGUAUUCUAUCUUGUAGGGACGUUGUUUCUUAAGAAACUUUGAUUUUUUCGGAUUAUGCAGUGCAAUCUGUGAAGGUGUCAAACGAAGUUGUGCGGUUAGCGUGGCUUGGGUCACUCUCUAGUAUCGUCUAACCCAUCUGCACAGGGCCUUCAAUCGGAACAUUUCAGUUUCUGCCAAGAUUCGACAUCUAAUAGUACAGUGGCCUUCUAUCCGUCAAUUCUUUUCUUUGUUAACAGUAGAACAAAACGAGCUGAAUUAUUAACCGUGUAGUCUGUUAGGAUAUCGCCUAAGGAUGCAGAUAAAUCAUAGGUAGAAGGUGUUAAGACACUAACAAUCCUUAGGUGUGUUUGACUGAAAAGUUGGUAUAGACUGCUCUGAUAGGAGUUUAAUCUCGUAUUAAGUACAGCUAUUACGGUAUAUUAUUUAGAUUAAAUAUAACGAAUGUUUACCAUUACUAGCUAACGUGGCAGUCGAUUUCUUUUAAUUCUCUCUCUCCGUCUUUAGGAAAGCGCUACUGAUGGACGGUCAGCCUCUUUCGCGGGAGACCCUUUAAGGGUAACACUAGUCGGAGAUGAAUGGGAAUCAUCGAAAGGCGGAUUGUCUACGCUGAACAGGGAGUUAGCAAAACACCUUGCACGUCAGUCUGGGGUAGAAGUAACUAUUCUACUGCCAAACUACACUGAAUUGAAGAAGCAAGAAGCUGAUAACUUAAAUGUACUUCUUGCCACACCAGAGGCGAUGCCCGUGUCUGAUCGCAUCAUGAAGUUGUCCUUUCCCCCUGAAGAUCUCGAUAUUGACGUUGUUAUAGGCCACGGUCAGAAGCUCGGAGCACCAGCUCAGAUCAUAGCUAAAAAACGCAAGUGCAAGCGAGUUCAUGUAGUACACACCGCCAGUGAAGAGCUUUCAAUAUUUAAGGAUGGCGAAACAGCGAUACCUGAAGGCGAGGAGAAGUACCGAACUGAAAUAGAGUUGUGUAAGGAAGCUGAUGUCGUCAUGGCUAUUGGACCAAAGCUAAAGGAAGCUGUCUCAGCCAGUCUUCGGUUGUACGGUAGAGAUGAAGAUGUGAUAAAUAUCACACCUGGAAUCUUUUGGGAGUUCGCAGAGUUGGAGCAAGCCAGUCAGGAGAGAGAACAGUUUCGCAUCUUAGUGUUUGGUCGGGGCGACUCGGAAGAUUUUAAACUAAAGGGAUAUGAUAUAGCUGCUGAAGCUGUAGCAGGCUUAAAAGAAAAAAGCUACAUUCUAAUAUUUGUCGGGGCACCAAAUGGGAAAGAAAAAGAGUUAAAAGACGAAUUUUUGAAAUGUGGCAUUUCUUCUUCGCAGCUAACUGUGCGGGGCUUUGUUGACAGUCGCGAAACACUAAAGCGUUUCUUCUGCGAGGCGGAUCUCGCUAUUAUGCCGUCUCGAACGGAGGGCUUUGGCCUCACUGCUCUUGAAGCACUUUCCGCUGGACUUCCGAUUUUGGUGAGCGAAAAUUCGGGAAUCGGAAAAGCUAUUAAAACUGUUCCUUUUGGAAGGGCAUUUUUGGUUGAUUCUGACGAUGCCGAAGAAUGGGGCAAAGCUAUAAGUCGCGUGAGGCAAACGCCAAGGGAAAUCCGGCUAAAGGAAGCUUGCUCUCUCCGAGAGGCCUACGACAAAAAGUACAAGUGGGAGACACAAUGUGAGAAUCUUGUUAAAAAAAUGCGUGCUUCUUUUUUAGUUCACUCUGGGUCUAAACACUUCAGUGGUGUGCUUCGUCGUUACUUAUCCGUUUAAAAAUGAAACGAUGUUGCAGACAAAUGAUCUAACACUGCUUGCUGUUGAUCAAUAAGGCUGGAAAAAUCCCCGGAUACAUUCCACUACUUUUUAAACUACCAGUCUCUUUACCAACAUGCUAGAAGCACAAGAUGAACAAAAACUGAUGUUACACUUCCUAAAUGUCAUUUAGAUUUUGCCCGAGAUUUUAUUUUUUAACUAUUUUUAUGAUUCGCCAGUUUUUAAUGUACUUUCAGUCAGUAUCAAGCAUAUACCAUCCUCUUAGGAGAAAUGGAAAAAGAAAAAACAAAGGAGCUGUUAUAGAUAAAAGCAAACAGUCUCACUUAGAUGCACCUAAACUGAUGCAGAAAAAAAGCAACGCACAAAUUAAAUUAAUAACAAUCGAUUCCUACAACAUCACUUAUUAGAAAUGGCACUGAUUAACUUCUCCCACUUUUUAAGUUGCUUGUUAAGUUUGUCCAUUUUCCUGGCUGUAUGGAGUCAUGCGCCUUGUCCUAGCAAUGAAAGCCUGAAGGAAAGGCAUACCUCUCUGACAUUUCGAAGAGUAAAUGUUAAACUUACCUAGAAGCAAAAAUUAUUAUUAUUAUUAUUAUUAUUAUUAUUAUUAUUAUUAUUAUUAUUAUCCCACUAAGCCAGGACAGAAAGUGAUUCCGAAACUCAGGAGAAAAGUAAAUGCUCGAUGGAUUCAAUGUCAGUUUGGCAGAAAGUGCAGAUUGGUGAUUCAACAGUGCCAAAGCGAAAACGUUUCUGAUUUGCAAAAAGAAUGCGAUUCAACAAUUUAAAAAGGAAAAAUAGGAAUCUCUGAGUUUUAAUUGUAAUGAUUUUGUUGUGCAUAAAGAUAGCGAGUAAACACUUUUCCAGUAAAUAACUGUUUUGGGAUACGUUUAUAAUAGGCGUAGUUUAUUUCUUUGGUAGAUAUGUUUUGAUAAAACGUCAAGGAUUGGGAAAGGAUUAAUCACUGGUGUACAUUAUGACAUUGCCAGAUCUAUUUUAUGAUGCAUCAGUUUAGUUUUUAAUGCACUUGCUAUCAGUAUGAAGCAAGAGCCAUAAUGUGACUCUUGGUAUGAAGUCCAUGCCGUUCCUGAUUUUUUUCAUAGGUCUAUUUAUACUUAUAAUGCAAUUCAUGGAAAUUUUGCAUUUCAAUACAUGUUUAUUGUUCGUUAAUAUUUAUUUAUAGAACUAUUGAAUGAACUUAGUUCACUAUUUAUUUUUCUGCUCGAUAACUAUUUUAUUCCUAGAAUGUAUUUGAACUUAUUUUCUUUCGCUUCUUAAUUCGGAGAAUUUUAAAUUUUUUUUUGUUAACACUAUUUUUGUAGGUUCUUAUUAUUUAACAAUUAUUGAAUGAGGCUGAAUGAUGUUAAUAAUUAUGUAUGUCUGAGUGUUAUAGACAUAAAAUUAUUAGCGGUAAUUUUAUUUUAAGUGCGUCAAGUAUUCAGUCAAUCCUGUUCGGUUCGCCCUUGUAGCCGUAUAGCUAAAAAAAACCGAACAUGUAUAGGGCGGACAUCUCGUUUAGACCAGUUUAUUCUUUUUAUCCCUGAUAGGUCUCAUAGAUUUCCCAUUCUUAAUAAAGUAUUUAUUAUUAUUUAUC